AUGGAUAAUAUUGUUUCACAAUCAUCAUCUCAAAUUAGUUCAAAUACAGGCAAUCCACUCAAUCCUCAACCAAUUCCACCAUUAGCUUCUGAACUAGAAACAACAUCAACAAUUGAAGCAAUUGUUUCAACUCCAUUAGAACCUAUACCAACGACAAUAGAACAAACAAAUACUGAUGGAAAUGUUCAAACUCAUAUUGAUGUUAAAUAUGAAGCACAUGAUGUUGCAUUAGAAUCAGUUAAAACAAAUGGUCAUCAACAAAAAAAUGGUUUUACAUCAAGUGAACAUCAUAAAAUUGAUAUAGAUGAUAAUGAUCAACAUUCAUAUAAAUCAAAAUCAUGUUGUUCAAUGUUAAAUAAAUUAUUUCUUAUAUUGGCUAUUGUAUGUUUUGCAUUAUUUCUUUUUAGUAUUGCAUAUAUUUUUUACAAUCUUAAAGAAUUAAAUGGCAAACAUGGUGAACGUAUUUUAUCAAAAAAAUUUUAUCCAUAUUCAAUGGAUGAUGAUCUAAGUUCAUCGGAAAGAUUAAUUGAUGAUAUUUAUUUUAAUUUAACACAUCGUAAUGAUGAUGGUAUUAUAGUUGUAUUAUCACGUCGUGGUGCAUCAAUAAAUGAUAUAUUAAUUCCAUAUAAUGAUAAAAAUAAUUCUAAACAAUAUCGUUCUAUAGUUAUUAAAGGUGGUAGUGAAAAUUAUUUUGGUUCGAUACGUUUUGGUUUUGAUGAUCCAACAAAUACAAUGAAUAUGACAAAUCAAUUACCUCCAAAUUAUCCAUUUUUAAAUCUUUAUAAAGAAAAUUGGUCAAUGUAUGUUGAUAAAAAUAAUCCAUAUCGUGUUCGUUUUGUUUAUCAAUCGAUACAAAUUAUUUAUGAAUUUUCAUCAGAAAAUUCAAAUGAAUUUAUAAUGAAAACAAUUAUUUCAACACCAUCAAAUAGACAAAUUAUUGUUGAUUUAACAAAUAAUAUUUAUUUUAAUUUACGUAGUUAUGGAAAUUUGAGUACGCAUUAUUUAAAUUUAAGUUCAUCAAAUCCAAUCGAUAUUUUAUAUGGUCAAAAAGUUGAACAAGAUCGAUUAAUUCAAUCAACACGAGUUGAUAUAUUAUCAAAUAUUAAUAAAUAUUUCUAUAAACUUGAUCGUGCUGGUAUUGGAAAGAAUUAUAUUGCAACUUUAUAUGAAAGUGAAACUAAAACAACAAUGCGUAUAUUUUCUGAUCAUACUGGUGUUGUUAUUGAUCCAUUUGGUGUUGGUUCAUCAAAUCAAAAUGAAAAUCAUGCAACAACAAUACCUGAUAUGCGUGGUGUUAGAAUAAGUCCAAGACAAUCACCUGUUUAUCAACCAAUGUCAAUUUAUGGUCCAACUUUAAUUACUUAUCCAUCAGAAGCUAUUCAUACAACAUGGUGGCAAUUUGAUUAUGAAAAUUAG